CUCGUCUCCAUAGGAACAGGAAUGUUUACGCUGAUACAGGAAACUACGAUUGUUCUGCUAGGUUCCCUCUCGUAUGGACACACUGAGUGCACGCCAGUGACAAGCUUUUGUGCUCAGCUCUGAAAAUAGCGGCCUCAUGGACAAUUUCCAACGCCAGCAAUCUGUGUGGAAUCUAGUGAAGGAAAAUGUUCCCUGCUCUGAGCUUCCUGAGAUCCGAGCUGUACUGGGAGAAACACUGAUUGAUACGUACGCAGAGUUAUAUUCAGAGGUGGAGAUGUGGGAGGAGAUUUGGAAGGAGCUCUGUUGCUCAGCGAAGGGCAGCAGGCCAGAAGCCUCCAUAUUCCCUCUGGCUGACCCCCCGGCUGUUAAAGAGCUGCUAAAAGCAGAGAUUCAGUUGUUGCUGCUCACACUGAGGGAGAAGGCAGCCAGACAGGGAAGGGAUGAAGAGGAGGUCAUGGCCCAGUACAAUCCUAGUGUGGUGAGUUACGCACUGGGCAGCAGUAGCACACAGAGACAAGGGAGUCCAGGCAGCUGGUGUGAAACCAAAUCACCUUCCAGACCGCCAUCAAGUCUGAGCGAGACUAGAAGCAGGUCAGUCUCCAGCCUCUCGUCUCACUCCAGCUGUGAAGAAGAAAUCAAGGCCUUAAGACACAGGUUAAACAUCACCCAUAUAGAUGAGGUUGUGACCCAUCUCAGGUCAGUCAUAACUGAAGAAUCUGAAGCACUGAAAAGAGAUGUGCAGGUCCUGCAGGAAAACCUUGAGACUGAGAGAGCCGGUGCUCAGACAGAACCUGUAUCUCCAGAACCCAGUGUAGCAGAGCUCAAAGAGGAACGGAGGCUCAUCCAGAAGCAUCUGAACGAACAGAGUUUAAUAACCAACAACACAAAUAAUCAGAGUACCAGAAACCCACUCAUCCACAUAAGGGAGAUAUGCAAACCUGCUCUCUCUGCAAAUGAUUUGGAAGUACCAAAACCAUUCAACUCAACAGUUUCCUAUUUGAAACCAUGUCCACCCAGAGACCUAAACCACAUCAGGAGUGCUCCGCCACUAAUGAGCUCCUCAAGUGCUCAAUCCACGAUCCCUAUUUCUGCUUUGGAACAAGGGGACAAGGAGUGCAAGUACAGUGCAAAUUCACUAAGGGCUUCAAACUUCAGACUGGUUCCAGCAGCUUCAGUCAAAGCAUCCGGUUCUGUAAAAGACUUAUUCCUAAAGAUGGAGGUGAUUAAAAAUAGUGAGCUAGUCUGUCUCCAGCCCGCUCCUCCUGCAGUGCAGAGAACAGCCAGCAGGGGACAGAGGGGGCGCAGACGGCUGUGUCUUCCUCAGCCUGACGGACUGCUCGGGUCUCUGUGAGAAUCACUGUAUGCUGCUCUUCACUGUCAGACAUUCGAACUGUUCAAUGUACACAGGAAAAAACCCACAGUGAUAAAACACAAACCACAGUCUGAUCUUUAAAAUAAACUUUAUUUACCAUUUCAAAUUGAACAGUUUACAGCUGACACGACUAAGACAAUUUCAAUGCAGUUUGGCCCUAAAAUUGAAAAGACACAUGGUUAGAUACUGUAUGUUUGAUAAAGUACUGAGCUCAUGUCAUUCUACUUCAGUUUUAUAUUGCCAUGAGCACAGAAGUACGUACACACUAUUGUAAAGACAUCGCUUCUUUUAGGAUGCAGGACAUGGGAGAGGAACGUUUUAUUUUUGCAUUAUUUUCUGUUGCUUUCAAACAUAUUUUUAAAGUAUCGUAACAUGAAAAUACAUGACACUGUUGACAUUAACCAAAAGAAUUCACCAUUUCCGUUUAGAUACGUUGAUUCUGUUUAUAGUUUUAUUACAGCAAUAAAACUGUGCUCAGUGGAUAUUUCCAUCUUGGACCUAGAGGUUUUUGUAAUAUCCAGGCCAAAUUAGGAGCAAUGUCCAUUUAAAAGUGUUCAGUUCUUCCCAGAAAAAUUAUCUUAAUAUACCCAAGUAAAAUUCCAUUAUUCAAUUUUUUAAUGAUUUUCAAUCGUUUUAAAUGCAUUUCAAAAAUAUUCAAAGAUCGGCAUGUGUCCAGGUAAUCAAUUGUGCUUUCUCUGUUUCCUUUCCAUCGUGCAUAAUACAUGAAACUGGAUCACAGGUCGACAGAAAUGCUCUUAAAGGGUUUGCAGCACUACAAAUACACUUGUGUACAAUACUGAGAUGAAGAUAUAACAUUGUUGGCUAUAGACUGUGUCCUUCAUCAAUAAACAAUUUCUGUUUGACCAGAC